UUGGAGAGGCUGUGGGUUUUAGGGGCGGGACGUAGUGUUGGAGGAUGGGUUCCGUGUGCUAACGCCUAGUCGGUGCAGUGGGGGGGGGGGGGAGCCGCGGCAAUUACACGCGGAUUUCCUGGUCAGUUUCACUGGGACCCGGCGAGCUGACCCACCCAUCGCUCUGAUACACUUCUCGCACCACCACCCCCACCCCUCCCCAAACCCACCCCUACCCCCGCCCCAGAGCUCGCUCCUUCCCACCUCCUCAAUGUCCGUUGCCCCACCGCGACACGGAGGGACGGACCGAGCCGCGGCGGGUGGAUCCGUGCCGGCAGCGACGGCGUUUUAGACGGCAGACAGCUGGCGGAUGCUGCCUGACCUGCUGAGUUCCUCCAGCAUUUUGUGUGUGUUGCUCCAGAUUCCAGCAUCCGCAGAACCUCUUGAGUCUCAAGCUGUGAUGUUUUAAGCCUCAACAGCAUUUAAGGGAGGUCUGUCCCUGAGCUGAGAAGAUGACCGAAUACAAACUUGUGGUGGUCGGAGCUGGUGGCGUAGGCAAAAGUGCUCUGACAAUCCAGCUUAUUCAGAACCACUUUGUAGAUGAAUAUGAUCCCACGAUAGAAGAUUCCUACAGAAAACAAGUUGUAAUUGAUGGAGAAACAUGUCUUUUAGAUAUUCUCGACACAGCAGGUCAAGAGGAGUACAGUGCUAUGAGAGAUCAGUACAUGAGGACAGGCGAGGGCUUCCUGUGUGUCUUUGCCAUAAAUAACUCUAAAUCAUUUGAAGAUAUUCAUCAUUAUAGAGAACAGAUUAAAAGGGUAAAAGACUCCGAUGAUGUCCCAAUGGUACUAGUGGGAAAUAAAUGUGAUUUGCCUGCAAGAACCGUAGACACAAAACAAGCACAGGAUCUAGCACGAAGUUAUGGAAUUCCAUUCAUUGAAACGUCAGCAAAAACAAGACAGGGUGUCGAUGAUGCAUUCUACACACUAGUUCGUGAAAUCCGGAAGCACAAAGAGAAAAUGAGUAAAGAUGGCAAAAAGAAGAAAAACAAAACGAAGAAAAAGUGUUUAAUUAUGUGAAUAGGAUUUGCUGUGGAAGAUGUUGGCUUAGCUGGAAAAAUAAAACCUGAUUAUUUUUUUGUAUUUUUUGUACAUUGCACUAAAUUAUUAGGCUUUCUUUUUAUCAGUACUUUCAUCAAAUUUUGCUUAAUGGAACUGAUGGCUGUUAGAUUGUGACCAAGUUUAAAAGAAAAAUGUGUCUGCUUUAUUUCAUUCAAGUGCCAGUAUUUUCUGAGUGUCUACAUUACUUUAUUAAAUUGGCUUAACUCUUGUCAGUUGGGAAACAAAUUGAUCUGCUCCCUGGGGCUCCUGUGCAUGUAACUAUGCUUUUUUUUAAACAUUUGUUUUUAUUUAUCGUGCUUAAAAUAUAUAUGAUGUACUUCCACUUCAGUGCUAAUGGCUUGAUGGGUUCUAUCUCUUGUGUCUAGUUACCUGGAAUAUAUUUUAACUACAUUUUGUAAGGUUGUAAAAGCUUGAGGUGCACAUUUUAUACAUUUUGCUUUGUUUGUCAAUGAUAUCUUUCCGAAUCCUUUUAAGUGUGCUGACUUGGGCAUGUUCAUUAAUGCUCCAGAGAACUGACAAGUGGCCAGUUUUAUAGAAGUUUUCAGAAGUUUGUCUGGUAUUUGUCAUAAUGGCUUUGACAAAAAAUGUACUUUAAAUCAAAUAAUAAACAAUCCAAUCUUGUUCUGA